AUGGCUUUGAAGGCAUGUUGCAACAACUUUAGCCAGUUGAGGUGUAGGAGCUUUGCUGCAGGUACUCUCAUUGGCAUACAAUGGGUUUGUCUUAUUGUUGAACACUGUCACAGUCUUUCUCAACAGCACUCAUUUCCAAUGUUGCAGCUGCGAAGGGAGUACUUGUCCAUUGAUGCCUUUUAUGGGAAUGUGAAGAAACAUUUAUAUGGUGUUUGGUCAACUUUAGAUUCCUCUGCAUAUUUUAACCAGGUUCGGACAUGUUGUGAAGGUGCUGAAAUCUGCAACAAGUGUUGGAAGUUCAUGACUGUUGCUGUUAAAAUUUUAGAUACUGCCUUGAGAGAGGACUUUGGCUAUCAGCACCUUCUUUGGGUAUACUCUGGAAGACGUGGCGUUCACUGUUGGGUUUGUGAUGCCAAGGCAAGAGCUCUUUCACAGUCGUCCAGAUCUGCUGUUGCGGAGUACCUGCAGCUGAUCAGAGGAGGAGAAAGUGUGUCAAAAAAGGUUUCCUUUGCAGUCAAAGUUACACCCAUCGUCCAAAAACAUUACUUGUACUAUCUGUAUUUCCUUAGGAGAGCAUUCAAAAUUGCGAGUCAAUACUUUGAAGACAUUAUUCUAGAAGACCAAGAUUUCCUGAGCACUCCAGAGUUAUGGGGCAAGAUUUUGGCCUUAAUCCCAGACACUGAAAUAAGAGAAGCUUUGAACAGGACUAUGCCGCAGUGUGUCAAUUCAAGACAGAGGUGGAACACCAUUCAGGCUGAAAUCAAUAGACAAGUUAAUAAGGGGGAUUCCAAGAAGACAAUCAAGCCAAACCUGGUUGCUGAAAUCAUACUGCAGCUUGUGUAUCCUCGACUUGAUAUCCAUGUCACAAAGGGCCUAAACCACUUGCUCAAGUCUCCUUUCUGUGUCCACCCGAAGACUGGACGAGUUUGUGUAUGUUUUGAUCCUCUCAAAGCAGAUGACUUUAACCCAUUGGAUGUGCCACAUUUAGGUCAACUUGAGAAAGAAGUCAGCGAGUAUGAUGCCAAGCAUAAUGAUACAGAGCGAAGUGCUGUAGCAGAGUACAAAAAGACUUCAAUGAAACAGUCUAUGACAGUGUUUGAAUCUUUCCUUAAUCGACUGGGAGGAGAAAAUGCAACCAGAAGGCUAGAGGAGAAGGAUAUGGAGAAGACUUUCUGAAAAGCCUUCAGUCUGAUGUGGAUCUAGAAGCCUCCUUUUGGUGAUGGACCAGUUAUUACCCUAAAAGUUUGAGUGAUUCAUUUUAACAUUGUCAGUCUUGUGUGUGUGUAUAUAUAUAUUACACAUAUGCAGAAGACUUUCUGAAAUGCCUUCAGUGUGAUGUGGAUCUAGAAGUCUCCUUUUGAUUAUGGAUCUGGUAUUACCUUAAUUGUUUGAAUUAUGCAUUUUUACAUCUCAGUCUUAAUGUGUUUGGGAGCCCUAACAUUGUUUAUUUUUCUCAGAUGGUGCUUUUGGAACAGAUAUACAUUUUGAAUAAUGUUAGAAUAAGGGUUAUAGGGAAAAAAAAUUCUAUUCAAGGGUGAUAAGUAUUUUGUCAGACCUGAAUAUUGUCUAAUGCUUGAAUUGGCAGGUCAGUGAUCUGAAAUGUAUAUGGAGGACUUAUUACCAGCAUAAUGUUGUUAAGGAAUAUUUAAAACAUUGUAGAUGGUGUCAUUGCUCUGUGAGUGUGAUAAACCUCCUUUACUUAUUGUAAAGAAUAUUUUUACUUCCACUGUUUUAAGUUUUUCAUCUUUGGGUAAUUCAUUGUACAUGAUAGAAGUGACAGCAAUAUUGCUGAGUGAAAUAUCUUGAGCCAGGAAUUUUAUUUUUAAUAUGAACUUUCAUAUCAUUCAGAAUUGAAAUAGAAAGAAAAUAUUAAUACUUUUGACUUUUAAGUCAGUAUCGUAACUUUCAUCACCACCUCCCAUCUUUUUGUCACAAAAUCACAAACAAUAGCAUAACUUUCACCACAUUCUCCCCAUCUUUUUGUCAUAAGUCACAUUUAGUAGUUGUCCAGGUGCUCAUGGCUUUGUAGGCAUGUUUCAACACUCAUUGGCAUACAAUGAGUUUGUCUUAUAGUUGAAUACUGUCACAGUCUUUCUCAACAGCACUCAUUUCCAAUGUUGCAGCUGCGAAGGGAGUACUUGUCCAUUGAUGCCUUUUAUGGGAAUGUGAAGAAACAUUCAUAAGGUGUUUGGUUGGUUGCCACACACAUCAGGGACCUAGGAAUAUGUAGUUCCCAGCCUUCAACAGGAAAACUUUGGGAAUGUAGUGCCAAAAAGAACUGUUGUAGCAUUCCACCUGUUAGUACAUGGAUUACACGCUGAUGAGUAGCUGGUUGAUAUUCCACACUUGCAGAAACUAAAGGUGUACACUGUAAAGUACCAGUCCCCGGCCUUCAACAGAAAAACUUCGGGAAUGUAGUGCUGGGCAGAUAUUGGUUGGCGUGCAGAUUGUAUGCAGUGAGGAUGAGUGGUUGGUUGAUACUCCAUGUACAUGUAAAAACUGAUGGUUCUUGACAGAUGUGGAGGCUGCAACACAGUCUGAGUAGUUUUACUCUGGCACCCAUGAGAUACAGAAAAUAGAAGACAUUCACUCAACAGUUGCAUCAGAGGUCAUGUCUUCCACAAGGAAGGAAAGCAUAAACCAACUAUAUACUCAUCUACCACAGAGUGGAUGCUUUAUCUAGUUUGAAGUGGGCCUUCACAGCCAAUUGUGUCUUUCUAAAGGGCAAGUAGCUUUAAUUAAUGUUCCAGUCUUCUUAUUAAAUUGCAGCUUAACUUCAGCAUCGUAGACUUUUGGUCGGGUGUUAUACAUCUAUUGAAAGUGGGAGGUUCUGGAAGUGCCACACUCGUCUCAUACCAGGGUGAAAUGAAAUUCGUGCAGCACCUCUUCAAAACAAUUUGUGUAUUCAUCUGCCCUCCUCAAAAUCUUAAGAGGUAUCUGAUGGCAAGAGCAGACUUGAAAUAACAGAGCUGAAAUAGCUAUACUUAGUGACUUAACUCCAUCUAACUGUUUUAAAAGUAAUCCACUGCUUUAAGUUUACAUGGGCUUUAGUGAGGUACAAUGAUAGCCCCAUACGCAGGCAGUAGGUUUCAAAACAAAAUUGGUGAAUCCAUAGUAGCCAAUUAGUAAACAGCAGCACUCUAGGAGAGAUUAGCUUCCCCAAAUUUGGGACUGAUGUGUGUUCCUUCAGAAAGUUGUGGCCUAGCAGUGCAUGUGAACAAAGUUCUUUCGUGUCAUGAAGCUGAACACCAUACAUGUCGUCUUUAGACUGGACCAACAGGAGCCUCAUUUACCAAUAGUCUCAAGAGUAAAGGCCAAGAGACUUCCUGUUUGACACAUCAUUUUUGGCCUGCUACUUUAGUGCCUAGACUUUUUGUAAAUCAGUCAUCAAUGUCUAAUCUUCCCACACUUGGUACAAACUGCAGCCCUUCCCUUACAAAACUUCCCAGAGUGAAAGGCCCCUCCACAGAAGAAAUAUAUCAUAGUAUUUGACUGUCACAUCCACAGUUGGAAAUUCAUCCUGUUCUAUGCACUCUUCUUUUGACCUUCUCAGCAGUACCUAUCUGAUUCCGUUACUGUAGUUACUGAUGACCCUAUACGGUAUGCAGAAUGUAACUGAGCCAUCCCAAGAAUGCAUCUAGUUCAAAGUUCUCUAGAAGUCUUUGUUGUACAGCAUAGGAUGCCUAAUUUUUAUGAAAGGUUAUCAGAUGGCCAACUCAUCAACUUCUCCAGCAUCAGCAGCUUUGAAGUCUUGAGCUGAGCUCUUCAGCUUCUCUAUGAACUUAGUCGUGUUUCACCUGCCUGUUGCUUUUAUAUGGCCAAACAGUGCCUUGCAUAAACCUUGCUCUCCAGUUUCACUGGGCUUUUAGUAUUUCAAUGGCUUCCUGGUAAGCAAUCGCAUUUUUGAGCUUGAAGAUGCAGUGUGGCUUGACACAUUCCUGUAGCAGUUUUAGCUUGUCUGAAUUUGAACCAAGAUCGAAUACUUCAACGAUUACCUUUAAGUUGAAAUUCCACACAUCCUACUCAUCUGCUGUUUUGAUGACUGGGUUAAAGUCAAGGGUGUCUAAAGAUAAGAACUUGUCUAUGGUUGUCAGCUUGGCUUAUCUUGAGAAGUUCUGGCACUCGGUUGUUUAAUCGAUUCAUAAUGCCCAUUGAAACAUCUCCAGAUGUUUUAAAUAUAAACACUUCACUUCCACAUCAUACAAAACAGAAAUAGAAAAAAAAAUCACAAAAAACAUAAUUGGUAGCAUAAAACUUUCACCACAAUAGCAAUUCUGUAUUAACAAUAAAACCAUAAUUAUAAAUAAGUAAAACUUUUGAUAGUAUACUUUUGCAGUGGGCAGUACUUUCUCCUGAAAUGUUUAAAGCAGAAUUGUUAGCAAAUCUGAAAUGUUUGUAAUUGUAAUAUGAAUUACAUUUUAGAGUUACAAGGUAAAUCUUUGAAUUGGUCUACAACUUGGUGCCAUUAUUCUCUCCCCUCCAUGAUGAAUAUGAAAUAACUUAUCUUUAAUGAAGACCAGCCCUUUAAUGCUACUGAACUGCUUCUUGUAUUUUUAUAUCCUUUAAUACAUGCCUGUGAAUUUACAAAUAACGUAAAGUAUUAUAGUGACUGUAAAUUCCAGUAAAUCAUUCUUGUGUACAUAAUGUCUUAUUUAAUGGUAUAAUGUAUGGAUAAGUUCUUUGUUCAUGAAUGAAUUAGUACAGUAUUAAAUUUUAUUAAUGCUACAUCUUUUUGCUAUCUUACCUUAUUACAUUGGAGCAGUUAACCAUCUUUCAUGCCAAGGAUAUUGAGGGAUUAAUUUAACUGCACAUAUCAUUAAAUUUUUUGAAUUUAUAAGAUUUCAUGUUAGAUCUGGGUAACUAGCACGCUCAAGUGGAAAGAAUAUAUGGUCUUUAGAGUUGCAACUGUCUAUGACAUUAUUGCAGUCAUUUCAGCCAUUGUUUCACUUUGUUAUAUAUUCCAUAGGCAAGUAUGCAGUAAUUACCAAGGUUUUCUUCUUUAACAGGAGCUGUUGUUAGAAUAGUAUAUUUUUAUACUGUACAGGUAUUUUUUUGUGUAUAUUUCUUAAAUACAUGUACAAAAAUAUAA